UGCCAGAGAGAGAUGGCUACAGGAGGCAUAUCCUUAGAAAGAGUUUGAAUUCAGUAGAAGAAAUAUCUCCACAAAUCCAAAUUUUCAGAAGAAAUCAUAGACAAAAAAAAAAAAAAAAAAAAAGACCAAAAAAGCCAAAACCCAGUGAGAAGCUAAAAUUUUGAUAAAAUGUUGGGGAUUACUGAGAUUUUUAUUGCUCUAGUAGUGUGUCUCCUGCUUUUGCAGUUCCUCAAGCUGCAGUGGAUGCGUACCCAGCUUCCUCCAGGACCAGUUCCCCUCCCCAUCAUUGGAAAUUUGUGGCUGCUGGACUUCAAACUACGCCGAGAAACUCUCAGUAAGUUAACCAACAUCUACGGAAACAUCUACACACUAUGGAUGGGACAGACACCUCUGGUUGUGCUGAAUGGAUACAAAGCAGUAAAAGAUGGCAUUGUCACCCACUCAGAAGAAGUUUCUGGAAGACCUCUCACCCCUUUCUACAGGGAUAUGAUGGGCGAGAAAGGUAUUUUCCUGACAAAUGGCCACACCUGGAAGCAGCAGAGACGCUUUGGCAUAACAGUUUUAAGAAGUCUGGCACUUGGUAAGAACAAUUUGGAGCAUCAAAUUCAAAGAGAGGCCUGUCACCUUGUGGAUAUCUUCACAAAUACAAAAGGCAAACCUUUUGACCCCCACACUUCCAUUGUCCAUGCAAUCGCAAAUAUCAUUUGUGCUGUGGUUUUUGGUCAUUGCUUUUCCAGUGAGGAUGAAUCUUUCAGCAAACUCAUCAAAGCUAUUUAUUCUGUGAUCUACUUUCAAGGCACUAUCUGGGGCAGGCUGUACGAUGCUUUCCCAUGGCUCAUGCACCAUCUCCCAGGGCCUCAUCAGGAGGUGUUUGCAUACAACGACUUCAUGCACAGAUUAGUCAUGGAGGAAGUUCAGGGUCAUGAGAGACAGGACACAGGUGAUCCACAGGAUCUCAUUGACUUCUACCUGGCUCAAAUAACAAAAACCAAGGAUGACCCUACUUCUACAUUCAAUAAAGAAAAUAUGGUUCAGACUGUGGUUGAUCUUUUGCUGGGAGGCACAGAAACAACAAGCACCACCCUUCUCUGGGCACUGCUCUACAUGGUACAAUACCCAGAAAUACAAGAAAAGGUUCAAAGAGAGAUAGAGGCUGUUCUGGAACCCUCGCAUGUCAUCAGCUAUGAAGACCGUAAGCAGCUGCCCUACACAAACGCUGUGAUCCACGAGGCUUUGCGCUACAGCAACGUCACCUCUGUGGGGGUCCCUCGACAGUGCCUGAGGAGCACAACUCUGCUGGGUUUUCACAUUAAAAAGGGCACGCUUGUGCUGCCAAAUCUGCACUCUGUGGUGUAUGACACUGAGCACUGGGCAACCCCUUGGAAGUUCAACCCAGAUCAUUUCCUAGAUUUGGAUGGCAACUUUGUGAACAAAGAGGCAUUCUUACCUUUCUCAGCAGGGCACCGUGUAUGUCUGGGGGAACGGAUGGCACGAGUUGAACUGUUUAUCUUCUUUACCAAUCUCCUUCGGGCAUUUACAUUCCAGCUCCCUGAGGGGGUGAAGGAAAUCAGUCUGGAGUACAUUUUGGGUGCAAUACUGCAGCCACAUCCAUAUAAACUCUGUGCUAUUCCACGCUAGUCUGCAACACACUACAAUGCUGAGAGACUUCAACCUGUUAGUAAGUGAAGAUCCUUAAAAAACAUGCUUCACUAUCUCAAUUCUCAUCUACUGAACUUCCUGAAAUGAAAGUAAGUCUACUUGCCAAACUCACAUAAUUGAGUCUUAAGCAUACAGAAACACACAAUAUUUCCAAAUAAAUGUAUUUUCACACUCACAGUAGCAGUGAAUUAGUUGUAGGAUAUUAGAGAAGUGGCCUGUAUCAAGUAGUUUCCUGCAUGUGUGCUCUGUCAGGUAUCACACUCUUAAAAUGGGACAACUGUUCAGUAAGGAUGCCUGAAUAAAAUUUUCUUCAGUAAACUGUUACUCUGAGUUCAUAGAUAUUUUCUUAGAUCUUCUUGCAGGAGGCAAUAGAGUAUACACACACUUAGUGGUGAUUCCUUUGCCUUUCACUCUCCAACAAGGCAUAUAGUGUAGCAUAAACUUCACACACACAAAAAUGAUUGUAGUAUGGGGCCUCUCAUAACCACAGCCCAUUUAGAAAUCCUUACACCUGCUUUUACUUAUUUAGUAUCCAAUUUCUAUUUCAUCACAACUCAGGUCCAUGGACUUUCACAAACUUUUCCUUCUGUUUAGAAAUACUGCUGUAUGAUCCAAUCAUUUCCUAUUUGAAGAGAAAGGAACAGCUUUUCAAGAAAUUAAGAACAUAAACAAUGAUUUCAACAGUUGUUUUAGUAGGUACAGUAGAGAUUUAUUACUCACAGUGUUAUCUUUUGUUCUUUUUCCACACCAACAGAUGUGGAAGGUUUUGACCAUUUAAAAUUCAGCCAAAAGCACCCUAAAUCCUUUCCAUUUUCGAAAUUCAACAGAAGCUAGCAGAAAUUAUGGCAGAAUGUAGUUAAAAGCAAAAGCAGAAUACUACAUAUUUCUGGGAUAUAAAACUAAUGGAAGACUUGAUUCUCCUUGCAAGUGUUUCCAAUUACUCCCUUCCACUAAGUGAAACCCCAGGGCUCUAACAUAUGGUAAUGUUUGCUACCACAGAACCAACGCACACUUGACAUCAUUGAAAUAUUUAACUUUUUAAAUAAAAGCCAUUUUAAAACUUUCAAUGUC